AUGAAAGUUGAAGUUCGGAGCAAAGAAAUAGUGAGGCCAUCUUCUCCCACUCCUCAAAGUCUCAAGACUUACAAACUCUCUUUUCUGGAUCAACUAGCUCUCAACAUCAAGAUUCCAGACGUCAUCUUCUACGAUUCCCCCGGAGCUUAUUCUCAUGAGUAUAUCAACACCAUUGAUGAGCUGAAGAAAUCACUCUCCAAAACCCUGUCUCUAAUGUACCCGCUGGCGGGGAGGGUGAAGGAGGACAAGGUAACAAUCGAAUGUAACGACGAAGGUGUCGAGUUUAUUGUUGCCGAUGUUGCUGAUGAAAUCAUGUCUUGUUUACUGGAGAAUCCUGAUGAAAUGGAGAAGAUUAAGCACCUGAUUCCUAAUGCAAGGGUUUACGAGCCCCAACCGGUAGGAAAGGUUUUGCUGGCGGUUCAGGUGAACCGGUUUAGCUGCGGGGGAAUAGCUAUUGGGUUUUUCGUUUCACACGCCAUUGCCGAUGGUUUAGUCGCUGCCAUCUUCUUUGAAACGUGGGGUUCCAUUAACCGCGGCUGUGAUAUGAAUGGGAAUGGAUUUGUUUCCGAUCAACCUAGCAUCUUAUUCCCUCCUUUGACGGAUACUUCUGUCGUUGAACGAUCAGUGAGGAUGGCGGCUGAGGCAAUCGAGCAGGAAGACAAAUCCAAGGUUAUUAAAAGAUUCGUCAUUCCUGCUGACGCCGUAGCCCAACUCAGAGAAGAAUUGAUAUGUAAGGAAAACAACAAGAGGUUUCGUCCGUCUCGCACAGAAGCGUUAACGGCGUUAGUAUGGGCGGCAGUGAUAAACGCAACCCCUCCAACUCAAACCGUGCCGUUAUCCUGCAUGGUCAACUUGCGGGGCAGGAUGGAGCCGCCGCUGCCGCCCAACUGUCUAGGGAGCUUAGCCUACGGAGCCACCGUCCACUGCGAGGCCGCGAAAGACGGCACCGUCGUAACCGCCGUUCAAUUGGUGGGGAAAAUACGCGAGUCUCUCCGAGCGGUCAACGACGGAGCGGCGAGGAAGAUGUACGGCGAAGGAGGGUUGUUGCAAACGGCGUUUGUGAGAGGUCAUGAAAUUGUGCGCAACAAAAGUUCUUCAACGUUGUACACAAGUAGUAUGCUUAGACAACCUUAUUACGAUAUUGACUUCGGUUGGGGAAAGCCAAGAUUGGUGGUCACUAUGCUCAAGAAUUCAACGGUGCUUUUCAUAGACGCCAUUGGUGGAGCAGUGGAAGUGUGGAUUGGAUUGCCUAAGGAGGUUAUGCAUACUUUAAUGCAAAACCGCCACUUUCUUGCCUAUAUUUCUGCCCCUCCUAAACCAAAGCUAUGA